UAAUAUGUAGGUGGAAAGCUCAUUUCACAAGUUCAUGUCAUCAUUUAUUAAACGCGGUUGAGUUUUGAAAGUGAUUGUAGCAGUUGUAAGUGUAAAGCAACUAUGCGCCUAAUACUCAUCGUCCUGCUUUCGAGUGUCUCCGCCAUUGAGUUCCCCGACUUGGAGGACUACUGCAAUGAUUCAUAUUGCCAUAUACUUGGCAGAAGCCGGAAGUAUUCCGAUAAAAAGGCUACCAAACUAACCGAGUUCCACAUCGACAUUUGUGACAAGGAUGUGCUCCAACUUAUGCCCAAUCUGCGCACCCUGGAGCUGGAGAACUGCGACCUUCCGGACUUCACCAUCAAAGACCUGUAUCCACUGCCGUACCUAACAAGCCUUCAAUUGCGAAGUAGCAACCUAUUGAAGCUGGACGACGAACACUUUUCCAAGUGGCCAGGGAUGCAGAUCCUUGUGCUGGGCGGCAACAACAUAACGAGACUAUCCGAUGAAUGCUUUAAAGGACUACCUCAGCUCUGGCUGCUGUCGCUGCCGGGCAAUGGUAUUCGACUGUUGCCAUGGGGUGUAUUUGACACCCUACCAGAACUUCUGCAUCUCGACCUUAGUGGCAAUAGAAUCGAAAAUCUUCCUGAAAACAUUUUCUCUGGCCUUCCCAAGCUGGAGAUGCUGCUGCUCAAUGGGAAUCCCUUGAUAUAUAUAUCGCCUACAUCCCUUAAACCUCUAAGCAACCUACGCCUUUUGGACCUCAGCUACUGUGGACCGCUGCCGGAUCUUUCGUUGCCCGGUGCACAUACCCUGAUCCUCGACAACAGCGGUGUGCAGCGCCUGGACAUUUUGGGCAGUGUCCAUAAGCUGCAGGCGAGAAACAACCAUUUAACCGAGAUCAGAUUACCCAACAAAAGCUCUGUUAUCGAACUGGAUUUGCAUAACAAUUUACUGACCUCAAACGAUAUUCCCAAGCUUCUAAUGGGCAUGUGGAGACUGCAGCGACUGGAUCUAUCCAAGAAUCUCAUAGGGAUGUACGCCGCGGCCGGAAGCGACAAUUCAAGCGAGCUCUUCAUGCUGCCCAAUCUUAUGUAUUUGAACCUCUCGGAAAAUCGCCUGUCGCGUCUGCACUUCGAUUCGCCGAUCCCAUGGGAAAGACUAACUCAUUUGGAUGUUUCGUACAAUAGAAUAUAUGCGCCCGCAUAUAUCGGCAUCAACGAGGCUUUCAAUCUUCAAAGUCUGCAUUUAGAGGGAAAUUGGAUUAGCUAUUUACUACUAUCAUCCUGGAAACCGCAUCCACGCCUGAAAGAGUUGGCUCUGUACGACAACAGAUUCCCGCCUGAGGGCUAUAAAAAUACUACAAACUUCUUUAAAGAAAUGGGAGUUAACGUUUUGGAGAAAACUCAAUACAAUCACUCAAACAACGCGUCUCCUUCAACUUGUAAGCCUUGUAUACCAGCUGCCAUAGAUUUUCCUAUAAGCAACGACACUAAAACAAAGUGCGACACAGUUACCGAAGCUCCUUCAACUUGUAAGCCUUGUAUACCAGAUGUCAACGAUUUUCCUAAAGGCAACAACACCAACCAAAAGUGCGACACAGAUAACGAAGCUAAUCGUUUCAGCAACGACACUUAUCGAAAAUGGAACUUAUGGAAUGUAGUUACGCUAGUUUCCCUGAGUAUUUCCUUGGCCCUUAACGCAUUUGUAAUCGUGCUACUCAUUCGUUCAAGAAGAAGAUUAGCAUCGGCACUUGCCACAAUGGAUAUGCUUUCCAACGACUUUGAUGAUCAAAUUAUGUUAGGUUAAUCAGUCAUUGUACUUAACAUUUACUUAUAUAUGUAUGUAAACUAUACCUCAAAUACAAAUAAGGAAUCUCUGAUGUCUUACUAAAACUAAA